GAGGAAUGCAGUGAACACUUGAGAAAUGGUGGUUUGGUAUCAUUUCCAACAGAGACAGUUUAUGGACUAGGGGCCAAUGCUUUGGAUGAAAAGGCUGUUUAUUCCAUUUUCAAAGCAAAAAAAAGACCGCUAACCGAUCCUGUUAUUGUACAUGUGUUAGAUGUAGAUCAAGCAAAAAAAUACAUUACCAUUGAGGAGAAUAGUCUCCAUAUGAGGCUAUAUGAACAUUUGGCAGCAACCUUCUGGCCGGGUCCACUCACACUUGUCAGCAAAUCUAAUGAACAAGUAAUACCAGAUUGUGUGACCGCUAGUACAGGAUUUGUUGGUAUUAGAGUUCCUGCUCAUCCAAUAAUUCGUAAAUUAUUAGAGCAUUGCAAAUUACCAAUCAGUGCUCCAUCAGCAAAUAGAUUUGGUCACAUUUCUCCAACAAGAGCUUCACAUGUGAUGGAGGAUUUAGGAUUAUAUGGAAAAGAUGAAAUUGAUAAUGAAAACGUAUUCAGAAUUCUUGUUUUGGAAGAGGAAAAUAAUUCUGAAAGUAAAACAGAAUGUAGUGUUGGUAUUGAAAGUACAGUGGCAAAAAUUUCAGAACUUGAAGACAAGUCAUUAAAAAUUGAAGUGUUACGAAGAGGAGGAAUUUCACUUGAACAAUUAAAAAAGAGUGUACAAGAAUUUAUUUUGGAAGAAAGCAACACUCGUGGUACAAUUCCUGAAGUUAAAGUGGAGGCUCGUCAUCAAACAUACAGUGUAAAAAUGAAUGAUAACACUGCUCAAAUUGCUCCUGGUCAAUUGAUUACUCAUUAUGCUCCAUAUGUACCUGCAUUUAUUUUGGAUAGUCAAACAAGUGUAAAUUGUGCUGCAUCAGAAAAAACAACUCGUGUAUCCAUUGAAGAUUCUAUAUUGGUUGAUUUUGGAGGAAAGCUCAACCAUUUAAGUUCUCAUUGUAUGCACUACAUUGAUUUGUCACCUUCUAGUGAUAUUAAUAUUGCUAGAAAUAAGGUGUUUCAGGUUUUGAGAGAUUGUGAAAAAAUUGAAAACGCUAAAGCUAUUUUACUUCCAAAUUUAUUGAACGUUGAUAUUGAACAUGCAGACUCACUUUUUGAUAGACUUUUUAGAGCUGCCAGUGGAACAUUCGCUUCUAUU